AUGGCGUAUAUGAAUUUGGGCUGGGAUCCAACGUCUCAAAACACUUCUCAAGGUUUUGGAAUCCGGCCCAGUCGACCAGCUGUCGUGAGCGAGUCGUCCGAUGGCAGUUCUGCCUCAGUAAGCGAUCGUGAAACGUUACUCUGGUUCACUGCUGCAAAAGCUGAUGAUGUCACGACAAUUACAGAUAUCUAUAACAGACGGCCAGAACUGCUGAAUCAGGCUGAUCAGCAUCUUGGAAUGACUGCUUUGCACUGGGCGAUAGACUCCGGUUGCGAUAAAGUGGUGCAGUUUCUAAUUGCCAAAGGCACCGAUGUGAAUGCAGUGGACCCUGAGGGGAAUACACCCUUACAUUUUGCUGCAUACUGUCAUCGUCAAGCUGCUGCUGAAAUUUUGAUCUCGAAAGGUGCCGACCGAACAGUGCGUAAUAAUGAUGGGCAAACUGCUGCCGAAGCCUGCGAUGAUGAGACACUGAAGGCAAUUUUAACACCUUCAUCGGGCUGA